CCGGAGCGCGGCGAGCGCCGCUCCAGAAGAGGCGCCGGGAGCCGCGGGAGCCGCAGGAUUACCCGGAGCGGCUCCGCCGGGAAGGGCUGCGGGCACGGCCGGGGGCGGCUCGGCGGCAGGUUAAACCUUGCCACCUGAAAGACUAAACCUUACAGCUUCCCUGAGAGAACCAGAGUUACUGAAUUUAGGAGACUGAAGAUGCUGCUGCUGUGGAAACAGCUGCUCCUGGUAUCAUUUGUUGGCUGCCUUGGAGACCUCGAGAGCUCCAGGACGAAGAUGAGGAGCGCGGUGUCGGUGCGGGAGGGACAGGGGGUCGUGCUGCUCUGCGGACCAGCACCCCGGGCAGGAGAAUUGUCCUUUGCUUGGAUCUUCAACGAGUAUCCCUCGUUUGUCCAAGAGGACAGCCGGCGGUUUGUGUCCCAGGAGACGGGACACCUCUACAUAGCCAAGGUGGAGCCGUCGGACGUGGGCAAUUACACGUGUGUGGUGACCAGCUCCGUGACCAACAGCCAAGUCCUGGGCUCGCCCACGCCCCUGGUGCUGCGCACGGACGGUGUGAUGGGAGAAUAUGAACCCAAAAUAGAAGUUCAGUUUCCUGAGACCCUUCCUGCAGCUAAAGGCUCAACUGUGAGGCUGGAAUGCUUUGCACUAGGAAACCCUGUGCCUCAGAUUAACUGGAGAAGAACUGAUGGUCUGCCCUUUCCAAGCAAAAUCAAGCUGAGGAAAUCCAAUGGCAUGAUUGAAAUCCCUAAUUUCCAGCAGGAGGAUGCAGGACUAUAUGAAUGUAUAACUGAAAACUCAAGGGGAAAAAACAUUGCAAGAGGACGCCUCACUUACUAUGCAAAGCCUCACUGGAUCCAGACCAUAAAGGAUGUUGAAGUUGCUGUAGAGGACACAUUAUACUGGGAUUGCAGAGCAGGUGGGAAGCCCAAACCAUCAUACAGGUGGCUGAAGAAUGGAGACCAACUGUCAGUAGAGGGAAGGAUCCAAAUUGAAAAUGGUGCACUUACAAUAUCAAAUCUAAAUCUGACAGAUUCUGGCAGAUACCAGUGCAUAGCUGAAAAUAAACAUGGUGUCAUCUACUCGAGUGCAGACCUCAGGGUUGUAGCUUCUGCUCCAGACUUUUCCAAGAAUCCGAUGAAGAAGCUGAUCCAGGUUCAAAUAGGCAGCACAGUUGACUUUGAAUGCAAACCCAAAGCUUCCCCUAAGGCCAAAUGUUCCUGGAAGAAGGGAGGUGAGCAGCUACACGAAAAUGAAAGAAUCGUGCUGUUAAAGGAUGGAGGACUAAGAAUAGCCAAUGUGACCAAAGUGGAUGCUGGAACCUACACGUGCCUGGCAGCAAACCAGUUUGGAACAGCCAGUGGCUCAACAAACUUAAUAGUUACUGAGCCAACGAGGAUCACCUUGGCACCUUCCAACAUGGAUGUCACCGUUGGGGAGAGCGUGGUGCUGCCGUGCCAGGUUCAGCACGAUCCCAUCCUGGACAUCACCUUCACCUGGUACUUCAAUGGAACCCUCACUGACUUCAAGAGAGAUGCUUCCCACUUUGAGAAGGUUGGAGGGAGUGCAUCGGGGGAUUUAAUGAUCAGAAACAUCCAGCUGAAACACAGUGGGAAGUAUGUUUGUAUGGUGAAGACAGAGGUGGACAGUGUGGCAUCCGCAGCCGACCUGAUCGUCCGAGGCUCACCUGGGCCCCCUGAACACGUGAGAGUGGAUGAAAUAACUGAUACCACAGCUCAGAUCUCCUGGCAGGAAGGGACAGAUAAUCACAGCCCAGUGACCACCUACACCAUCCAGGCCAGGACACCCUUCUCAGUGGGAUGGCAGAGAGCCACAACAGUUCCAGAUGUGAUCGACGGGAAAACGUUCACAACCACAGUAGUGGAUUUAAAUCCUUGGGUUGAAUAUGAAUUCCGUGUAGUUGCCACCAACAAAAUAGGAGGUGGAGAACCUAGUUUGCCCUCAGAAAAAGUAAGAACUGAAGAGGCAGUUCCCGAAAUUCCCCCCUCUGAGGUCAGUGGGGGAGGAGGCAGCAGGUCUGAGCUGGUCAUAACGUGGGAUCCCAUCCCUGAGGAAUUACAGAACGGAGAAGGCUUUGGCUACGUCGUUGCUUUCCGCCCCUCUGGCACCACAACGUGGAUACAGACUGUGGUCACCUCCCCUGACACCCCAAAAUACGUGUUCAGGAAUGAAAGCAUCUUGCCCUUUUCACCCUAUGAAGUCAAAGUUGGUGUCUAUAACAAUAAAGGAGAAGGGCCCUUCAGUUCAGUCACCACGGUUUUUUCAGCUGAAGAAGAGCCCAGCACAGCCCCCUCUGGAGUGUCUGCCACCAGCCUGUCCUCCUCAGCCAUCGAGGUCUCCUGGGCACCCAUUCCCUGGAAGAUGAGCAAUGGGAGGUUAUUGGGCUAUGAGGUUAGGUACUGGAAUAAUGGUCAGAAAGAAGAAUCUUCAAACAGAGUAAAAGCUGCAGGGAAUGAAACAUCAAUAAGAAUCACGGGUUUGAGGAGCAACUUGGCUUAUUACACAGCUGUCCGUGCCUACAACAGUGCUGGGGCUGGGCCCUUCAGUGCCACCGUCAAUGCCACCACUAAAAAGCCACCACCCAGUCAACCUCCAGGAAACGUCGUGUGGAAUGUCACUGACUCCAGAGUUAUCCUGAGCUGGGAGGAGGUGACAGCUCUGGGGAACGAGUCCGAGGUGACUGGGUAUAAGGUUUUGUACAGGACCAGCAGCCAGAGCAGCGUGAACGUGCUGAGCACGGAGCAGACGACGGCCGAGCUCUGGCUCCAGUCCAACGACGAUUAUAUCAUCGAGGUGAAGGCCACCACCGAGGGUGGGGAUGGCACCAGCAGCGAGCAGAUCCUCAUUCCCAGACUAGCCAGUAUGGAUGCAAGAGGUUCUGGUCCAUCAGUCUUGAAUAUCUUCAGUGUGUCCAGCUUCUUAGCAACAGUAUUUUCCUUGACCCUUAAUUCAGUGUUGUAAUGAUAUAUUUGCAUUUGCUGCAAGAAAAAAAAAGAAUUGGUUACUAAAGUGCUUUUUUAAAAAAAAAAAACUGCAGUGGUUAAUGCAUGUUUUUCUUCUAUCCUGACGUGUUUUUAAAUUCUUUAUAUUUCACUGUAAGUUGAAGUAAAAAUACCAUGUAAAGUUUAACAAAUCCUUUAAAAAGGAAUCUGAAAUGCCUUAAUACUUGAACCAAAGGAGUUUACAUACUACAUACUUCAGAUACAGUGUAAGAGAGAGGGAGAGCAAUGGCACUAUGGUCAGAGGAAGAGCUUAGCUCAGUGAGAAACUCCAUUUUUGCAGCGACACUGAACUGCUCUAGGGAUGUUCUGCAGUGUUACAAUACUGUUCUACAGAGAAAAGAUGGAAUCAGAGACGUGGGUGUUGUCAAUCAGGUGAUAACACAGGGACCACAGUGGUUGUUCUUCAGACAGUGUCACAACCCAGGAGGUUUGGCUCAGUUUUCCUAGUGCCCUUUGUGUCAGUUAUUCUAAAUCUAGCAAGAAAUCCCAGGUGGAAGGGAGGGAAAAGUCUCAAUGUGGGUGUUAGUUCUGCACAGUGCAGGCUGGGGUGCCAAGAGGGGCCUCCACUGCUACUCCUAAGAAGUGAUCUCACAGCUGUGUUUCAAAGAGGCCUCUCUAACCUUUUCAAACACCUGCCCUUCCUCUCCAUCCAUACAUUUUGAAGUUAAUUUCCUCAAAUCCCCACCUUAUAUUUCUUAACCAGGUUCUUCAUUCCUAACCAAAUUCUCCCACCUUCAGGCUCAUUUUUAUUGCCCUCCCUGUGUGUUGGUGUUCCCCUAACAGGAGUUCCCAGUUGGAAGCACUGUUGGAAUGCAGUUGCACCAUGGCCUUAUGAAAAGGGACGACCACCACCUCCCUACCUUGAGAUGUGGUGCUUCCAGAUAUGCAGCCCCAAAUCAUCUUGCUCUUUUAUCAUCCACCACACUGCACUGUAAGCAUCCUUAAUUCAGUGUUACAGUCAGAACUCUCCUUCCUGCUGCUCUUUAACCCAUUCAAAACCGUCUCACCUGCUGUGGCUCUCAGACACACCCCACCACUGUCACAUGAUUCUGGUAAGUUUAUGGCAAUACUGUAGGAGAUAAUAAAAAAUUACACAACAGCACUUCAGGCUUGCUAUUAUAGAGAAAUAUGUGCUUGCUUUCAUAGCAGUAUAUUAAAGAUACAUUGAACCUGGUCCAUUUGACUUCUAUAUUUGUGAAUUUAGUCAAAUCAGCCUUUUAGACACCUUUUAGGGAGCUGACAACAUCCCUGUAACAGCACACAUGACAUAAAGCAUAUCCUUUUAAAGACUGUUCUUUUUAAUUUCACAGUAUUAUUACAACACACAGAACCACAAAGGGAGAAGGAGGAUUAAUGAAAUUAUGGUAGCACUGUAGAAAAAAAAUACCUUGAUAUGCAUUCAGAUAGCAAAUUACCUGAUUAGCUCCAGCUGACACUAUGUGCUAACUGUUGAAGUAAGCAAGAGCUGUAUAUACUGUACAUAUAGAGCUAUAAAUGACUAGUUGCUUUUCCAUGUGGCAAACCAGUGUUGUUUUCAGACACAUGCAAAGGGGGGGGGAGGGGGGGAGAUGGAAAUACAGGUGUUCCUAGUAAGUAUAUAGUUAUGUUUCAUGCAACAAAGGGUGACUCUGUUGUUUCACACAAUUCUAGUCCAUGUUCCUGUACUGCCAUUCUCAUGGAAUUAGAUUGUAUUAUUUAAUUUCUAGUUAUAUAUCUCCAUGAGAUAUGUACCAGGUACCUUGUUUCAUAUUGAAAAGUUCAAAAUUUAUCCUUAAAACUUCCAGUUGUGUGUGUAUCCUAUGGUUAUCUGUAUGCAUUUUUUUCUAUUGCUCUAAUAAAAUAUUUAUUACAUUGAGGG